CCCGGGCUCUUUCCCCCGAGCCACGCUGCUUCUCUAUAAGGAAGAAGCUCCUCCCUCGGCUCCCCCCCCGAAGAGGCGCCUCCGGGGAGACCGAGGCGUGCCGCCAGAGCCGAGGCCGGAGGAGGAGGAAGCGAGCGGGGUCGGAGGGGGGCCCUCUCCCAAAUGUAAGCGAUGGCUGCGGCUCUGUGCCCCCAGGCUCCGGCUCCCCAAGAGCAGGAAGGGUUCCUAGUGGUGAAGCUGGAAGAGGAGUCCCCUUGGGGACGAGAAUCUCCUCCCCCGCGAGGGAACGAGCCCUGCCCCGAGGCUUCCCGCCAGCGCUUCCGGCAGUUCCGCUACCAGGAGGCGGCCGGACCCCACGAGGCUUUCAGUCAACUGUGGGAGCUCUGCUGUCGAUGGCUGAGACCGGAGCUGCGCAUGAAGGAGCAGAUCCUGGAGCUGCUGGUGCUGGAGCAGUUCCUGAACAUCCUGCCCAAGGACGUCCAGACGUGGGUGCAGGGCCAGCGUCCGGAGAGCGGGGAGGAGGCGGUGGCUCUGGUGGAGGAUUGGCAGACAGAGCCCGGGAGAGCGGGACAGCGGAGAAAGGAAGUGUUCAUCAAGAAGAUGGUGCCCCGGGGAGCCAGGCCAGAGUCACAGAGCUUCCAGCUCGAGCCGGCAGAGCCCCAGUCGGGGGAGGACUUCCAGAAGCUAGGGGCGUGGAGUCCAACGCAGGGUCCCGGGACCAACGCGGUGCGGGAGCAAAAAAUCAGAGGUCCAGAAAUGAUUUUCUUCAAGACGUCUCCCGUCCUAAAACAGCCCAACUGGGAGCCGGGAAAGGAAAUGUGGAAGCUGGAGUUCCAGGCUUUGGGGAAGAGAGGAACCCCAAGAGCCCUUGACCUAGGGGAAGAUCAAGGGGAGACCAGGGGCAGCCAUCUGCAAGGAAAGAGGUUGAAAAGCUGGAGAGAGGCAGGAGCAGUGGGAUGUGAGGAUAUGAAGGUUUCGGGUGUGCACUGGGGCUAUGAGGAAACCAAGACGUUCCUGGCAAUCCGCGAGGCACCGUUCUCCGAGAAGCUCCGGACCUGCCACCAAAACCGCCAUCUGUACCGGGCCAUAGCGGAGCGGCUGCGGGAGCACGGCUUCCUCCGGACGCUGGAGCAGUGUCGGUACCGAGUCAAAAACCUCCUGAGGAGCUACCGGAAGGCCAAGAGCAGCCACCCGCCGGCCUGUCCCUUCUACGAGGAGCUGGACGCCCUGGUGAGGGCCCGGGGUGAGGGCAGCCGACGGCCUGGAGAGUCCCUGUACCUUUCCAGGUCCGGCGGUGACGUAGAUGCCGACCCAGAAGACCAGGAGCAAAGUGGAUGGGAAAAUGAGGUAGAGGAGGCCGUGGCUUUCGAGGACUGUAACGGUGACGACUUGGUCGUCGAAGAGUUGACGCAGGAGUCGGAGGUGUGAGCCCCGGCCCUGUUCCAAAAUCGCGUCGCAGGUGUGCACUGGGGCUAUGAGGAAACCAAGACUUUCCUUGGCAUCCUGGGCGAGGCCCCGUUCUCCGAGAAGCUCCGGACCUGUCACCAAACAGCCAGGGUGUACCGGGCCAUAGCGGAGCGGCUGCGGGCUCACGGCUUCCUCCGGACGCUGGAGCAGUGCCGCUACAGGUUCAAAAACCUCCUGAGGAGCUACCGGAAGGCUAAGAGCAGCCACCCCCCGGGGACCUGCCCCUUCUACGAGGAGCUGGACGCCCUGUGAGGGCCCGGGUCGGGUGAAGGCAGCCGACGCCUGGAGAGUUCUCGUAUCUCCCCGGCCGGGGGGAGCAACGCCGAGGGCGAAGACCAGGAGCAGGCAGGCUGGGAAGGCGAGGAAGCCGGGCAGGAGGCCGUCGCAGACGAGAAUGACGACGAACCGGGCAUCGAGGCACCGAUUCAGCACCUUGAGAACCCCGAAGCCCCAGCCCUCUUCCAGAGCCACAGCGGUUUCUGAGAUCCAGAGCGAGAACGAGGAGCAGAAUCUGGACCGGGAAACAUCUGAGGAAGCGGUCCUGCCUCGGGCCCUUAUUAGAAAACUCCAAAGACGGUGUUUUCCCAGGUCCUCUCCUGGAGAAAGACUGCCGAGGACGAAUGCGAGUUAGAACCACCACUGGCAGGUUUCCCCGGAGAGACGGUGGGGGAAAGCCACCCUCGAAGAGGGCUUAGGGGAAACUCAUAGACCAGCAGGGACUCUACCUGGUGGUCGACCAAACCCUAUAAAUGUGGGGAGUGCGUGAAGAGCUUUAGCCGAGCUCCCAUUUCAUCGCCCACCAAAGAAUCCACACGGGGGAGAAAACCCUAUAAAUGGCUUAGAAUUGUGGGGAAAAGCUUCAGUGAUCCGCUCGAACCUUCAAUACCCACCAGAGGAUCCACACGGGAGAGAA